UCUAUAAGAUGAAAGAAAGAGAGACCUUCAUGUAUUCCUUUUGCAUUCCCUAUUGAAACCCUUAAAGAGAGAAAAGAAUUAUUCAUCACCAAUGGAAACCAAAACUGCAGUACAGGAUGAGCAGUUUUAUGAGGAUUUUGAACCGUUUUGCCAAUGGAACAAGGAGGAAGGAUUUAACAUUCUUGAAGUACAUCUACCAGGUUUCAAAAGACAAGAUAUUAGAGUUCAAAUCAACAAUUUGGGCAUCCUAAACAUUAGCGGAAAGCAACCUAGGGUUGAAGAAACUACAUCUGCUUUACCCAGCCGCUUCUGUAAAGAGAUUAAAAUUUCUAAAAAUUGUACUACGAACGGAAUCCGCGCUAAGUUUUCUGGUGGAAUUCUUUCCAUAACUAUUCCAAAGAAAGCUCAGCAUUCUAACGCAUCAGCUGGAUCACACGGGGCAGAUAAUGCUGCAUGGUCGUCAGUUAAUGACUACUUAGUUUGUUUAAGAAGCAGAGUUUUGAGGCCAAGACUGAGCAAGAAGACAGCGGUGGUGGUUAUUCUGGUCAUGGCGCUGGGAGGUUAUGCAGUAUCUAGAUAUCCAAAGUCAGCUAGCUCCCUGAAUGCCUUUGAUUUGAGGGAACUUCCAUCAGAUCAAGUUCCAUGAAUGCCUUUGUAGCAAUACUAGCAAACUAGCAAGUACCGUUGAAAAACUGUAAUCAAUUAUAAUCAUAACACCAUAUAUAUUAAUUAA